AUUUGUCGCAAAGGGGCGUUCACAUCCUUAUAAUUGACACCACAUGAUAUUACGUGAUUGAGCGGAAAAAGUUUCUUCCAUAGUUAAUAAAAAUGGGAAAUGCGAUAGAGAAGGUAGAAGCGAAACCGGAAGAGAAAAAAAAAUUGAAACCUUGCUGCGCUUGUCCUGAGACAAAAAAAGCGAGGGACGCAUGUAUCAUAGAAAAGGGCGAGGAAAAUUGUAGCGAUCUAAUAGAAGCACACAAAGUCUGUAUGAGAUCAAUGGGAUUUAAUAUAUAAGAUAUAGAAGAUUGAUAAAAGUGUUUCAACACCAAAGAUAUCUUUGCUAAAAAAAUGCAAAAAGUGUACUCGACAAAGAAUCUUGAGAAACCUCAGGUCAUAACCAUAUUUACAUGUCAAUGUAUCUAUGUAUGUUUUUGUAAAUAAUUUUUUAGAUUGGAUGGAGAAUAAAGCAUUAUGUUUGUAAAGUUACAAA